CUCUUGCUCUCUCUGUAGAGGGUAAUUGUAUCCAUCUCUUCUCAUUUCCUUUCUUCCUCUGCUUCUUAUUUUUUCUCUCCGGUCUCUCUCGCUUCUUCUUUGCUUCUCGCCCCACCCCCCUCAGUUUAGUUUCCUAUCGUGAAUGACUAUCCUCUUCCAUGUUACAUACAACCAAUUCAGUAACCCAAUCAAGUGAGGGUUUAUCAUCCUCAAAGUAAUUACGGUCGGGAACCAAGAGAGCUCCGUCACCCACAAAAUUACCGCAGAUCCUUUCUGAUCUUCAACCGGAUCAAAGCCGGAGAUUCAACCUUAACAACAAGCAACGGGAAAUAUUUGCAAACCAUCGGAAGUCCCUGUGGUCUUGUCUUGGCAACGAAAUACUUUUUACGGCCAGAACCAUCGGAAGUCUCUGUGGCCUUGUCUCGUUGUUUGUUUUGUCAAUGGUGAGACAUUUCUCGAGAAACACCAAACUUGUGAACCAUUCUGACGAACCACUGGAGGUUGCUGUGACAGUGGAUGGCAGAUUUCAUGACAUGUCUCUAAUAAUCCAACCGGGUGAGCAUGGGUACAUGUGCUACGCCGAUUUGGGGAUAGAACACAAUGGUGGACGUUCAGUAACAGUGAAUUUUUACAUCGGAGAGCAGCCGACGAGAUCUAUAUUGACAUCGAAAAUAAGGGACCAUGAGAAAAUAAUAUUCUUCAUACGCGAUGAUGGAACCAUCGCCCACGAUCUUAUCAAGGGGAGUAUGAUCAAGAUGAACGGGAUGGUUAUCUCGAUGAAAGGCGCGGUGAAAAAGAUCAAGUCGUUGCUGAUGUAGAUUGGUUUCGAAUACCCGUCGGUGUGAUUGAAGUGGAAUAUGACGACGACAAGCAU